AUGGCCCCCUCAAAAACACCCACUCUCGCGCCGCCAUCCGCAUCCACGGCAAACCCACCGAACCCUGAUUACACAGACCCGUCCUUCGACCCCGUCGACUUCCUCAACGAUGCCCUCCCGCCACUGUCUCUCCAGUCCUCACAAUCGCAAUCACAGUCACAGCCACAAUCCACUCGCCCCGUGAACCUCACCGAGCUCUCCUCCCGCGUUCAAUCCCUCCUCUCCCAGACAAACGCCCAGAAUGUCCGCCAUUCAACGAAUCUUACAUCACUCACCGAUGAAAUCCUACGCAGCGGCAACCGGCUCGCCUAUGAGGUUGAAGUUCUCCGCGGCGAGACAAUUACACUCUCCGACCUGGUCACGGAGGGUCUAGCGGAGGAAAUUGGGAAGUUUACGACUAAAGCGGAGACCAAGCCGUCUGCGUCUACGGACGCAGGAGAAGAACAAGGAGGAGAGCAAGAACUACAAGAACAACAGAACGAGGCCGAAAAGAAAGGUGAAGAAGAGGAGAAGAAGAAGGACGAACCAGCCUACAUCACAAACCUCCGGACACUGAAUCAGGUACGCGCCCGCCUGGAAGAGGUCGUGCAGACCUUCGGCGACGCAAUGGAGUGGCCGCUCCCGCCGUCGGAGACCUCGAUUACGUCGUCGUUCAUAUCUGUCUCAGCGCCGGAGCCAGGCACCGAUAGUCACGGUCGCGAGGAGAAGGGGCAAGAGGUUGCGAAGAAGUUGCGCGGAGAGAUUACGGAGCUUUUGGACGGCGAGGGCGGGGUUGAGGCUGCGAUGCGCAGGGCUGAGGCCGUGCGGACGCUGGCGAUGGUGUGGAGGGGGACGGCGGAGGAGAAGGCGAGGACGCGAUUUGUGGAGGGGCUUAUGAAGACGGUUGAGGAGCGGAAGAGGGUUGUUGAGGCGGCCGCGCAGCCCGAGCAGCCAGCCCAGGGGGGUUAUCCUUCUAUAAGAGGCCAUCAGAGACAGGUGAGUGAGGGGCCUGGGGGUGGGAUUUUCCGUAACCUGCAGCGGUUGCGGGAGGAGAUCUACUUGGAGUGA